UUUUUUUUUUUUUUUUUUUUUUUUUUUUUUUUUUUUUUUUUCCUACUUUUUUUUCCCCCUCUGGCUCGGUUCUGCUGAGACAAGGAGGGGAAUGGAGUCAAUGAGCAAAAGUGUUUCAGCCUUGACGUGAGCCCCGUUGGUUCACGGUUGAUUCUGACUGGUUCGCUUGUCACAUUCCGGGUAUGUCAGGGCUGGGAAUUUUGGACAACACGGCCCUCAUUCAUUCCUUCUCGGCAGUGGGACGUUUGUCGAAUGCGAGAGAGAGAGAGAGACAAGGUGAGGGGGAAAGGAGGAUCAGCAUCAUAACUGUCCGUCACGAAAAGACGACGGCACGUGGUUUGACGACCGACUGGGCAGGUCAGUCUAGUUUUUCUUGGCCGAUGACUAGAUCGCUAUGUAGUCAAGAUACUACGACGGAGGUGGAACCGUAGAAGGUGACUCCCGAGGACAGAACUCUUCCAGACGAGGUCCAUGUCCAUUGUGUUUGACUAAGUUCCGGCUAAAGGAGGCUUAGGGCAGACAUCCGACGUAAUUAUAGUAACGGGCGCCCCGGCAGAUGAGUAAAAAGAGGCAUUGAUGCGACCAGAGGUGAAAAGAGUGGAUGGAUGUAGCGUGAGAAAAGAACCAAAAAGGGGGCCAAAAGUGCAAUCUGACGGUAAGUCGCUGAUUUGGCUGAUUUCUUUCUUCCUUUCUUACUCUGUAGUUCUGAGUUCUUUCUCUGAUAAUCGUGAGAUGACUCUGCGUAUAUUACCGACUUUACAGUCCAACGUACGGAGUCUAUGGUACUGUAUCAACAUCCAUACAUCCUGUACACAACAACAUAGUCGUACUAGUUAGUAUACUUACAUGCCUCGGGAGACGGAAUCAGAGUUGCACAUCUGCGCAUUCAAUGCUCCUGUUCCUCUCGGUCAUGCAUUGGAAAUUAAAAAAUAGGCAGAAGAGAAAGAACAAGCGUUCUUCACACGCGAGUGACAAAACCCAACUGGGGGUUGCUGGCGGUUAAGCCAAUUCUCUUUGUCGUUGUCAGCAGAGUAAAGGCCACGCACCGGCAGGCAAAAGGAAAACCACACCCCCACAAUCGUCCAGGCACGCAACACACUAGUGGACACCGUCGGUCUAGCCCUGGAAAUGGUCCGAACCUUGACGGAUUAGGUUCAGUGCAG